AUUUAUCUUCGUUCUAUCAGAUCAAAAGGCCGGGUUACAAUAGCCCUGCAUUACCUGUUAUCCUCUGAUUCUUCUUGGGAAGAAACUGUAAUACAACCUGUUCAUAUCUCCUGGAAGCCGAAACCAUUAAUCGAGAUGGGUGAAUCAAACAGGCUGAUACAAGUUCAAUUGACAAAAUGCAAGUCUUGCUAGCAAAUGAAAUCGUCGAAUCUGGUCAAGAUCAAGUUGGGCUUACCAUCCAUCGUCGGCUCACGGCACAGACAUGUCAGUUGAAAUUCAAAGAGAAGGCAUAUAUGAGUGAUGAUGCUGCCGUCAUUGAGAAGUAUCUUUUCAUCAUAAGUCUUAAUCUCGACUUUCUCGAUUCACCUUCUUUUUGUGCGCAUACGUUCUUUCGUGAUACUUACAUUCUUUUUCGUGCUUUGAUAGCACUUUCUUCAUUCUUUCAUCUGAACUUGCACGACUGCGUCGCUUUUACACACUGUAAUAUAUAUACCAUAUCUUUUAUACUUUACAUCCCUUUAUUGCGAAGAUACUUAAAGGCCGAGAAGCGAUCGGUUAAGAGUUAUAAUGCGUUUUCAGUCAGUAGCUCUCGCCCUCUUUACUUCAGCUGGCCUGGUUGAAGGCCUAAGUGCAAAGAGACACCAGGAUAUCCACAAACGUGCCACGGCAACGAGCGGCGAUGACACCAGUCUUACCCUUGCACAAAACGCCAUCGCAAGCGGCUCUUUCAGUGACGGGCUUACUGAAAUUGGUGGUAAUGAAGCUUCCGAGGCCGCUUCUGCGACUUCGCAAAACAACUUCAUAAACUUUUGCGCAGGAGAAACUCUUACCAAUGGCCUUCAAAUUGUAACAGGGUCUUGUAAUGGAAUCCCGAUGGGUCAAAUUCCCGCGAAGAACAAAAUGAUGUCGUCGAUCAUUACAUUCCCUUUGGCUGGUAGUGCAACGAUAAAAUCUGAUACAACAUUCAAUAUUACUGUCCAAAUGUCCAACAUCACUCCAGGUUCCUUUUCUAAUGCGGAUUCCACUUACUUCUCCGCUCCACAGCAGCUUGAUUCAUCCGGGGUAGUUAUUGGGCAUACACACGUAACCGUGCAGGAUAUGGGGUCCAGUCUCAACCCAACUGGAACUUUGGAUCCCACUCAGUUUGCCUUCUUUAAGGGUAUCAAUGAUGCUGGAAACGGCCAAGGGCUUCUUUCUGCUACUGUUAACGGCGGCUUACCGGCUGGAAACUAUCGUGUGUGUACAAUGGCUUCGUCAACUAAUCAUCAACCCGCAAUUAUGCCUGUUGCACAGCGAGGUACAGCAGAUGAUUGUACUAAAUUUACCGUCAUCGGAUCCGGAACUACUGCAAACGCUGCAUCUAAUAAUGGUUCCGGUGGGCAAGCUGCCGCAGCUUUAGCAGCCAGUGCAGUCGCAGCUGGCCCGGACAACACCAACCCAGUGGCGAGCUCCUCCACAAGUUCGAUAAAAUCACCUUCGACUUCUUUCUCUGCAGCGAAAGCGUCCAAAACUAGCACUUCCAGCAUCGCAAAAAGUGUACCUUCCAUUACAUCAUCAUCGGUACCUGCCUCUAGUAGCACAUCACCUGCCACUUCAUCUUCCGCAGGCUCCUCGACUUCCGCACUAGGAGGUAUAGCGGCACCACCCGUCACCAACAGUGGAGAUUCAGCCCGUCCUUUCUCGGUCAAUGGCAACACAUUUGUGAAUGAAGCUGCCGCGUUGCAAAGAAGUUGCGAUAUACAGUACAAUGCAUGUGCGGAUGCAUUCAAUGGUGGAAAAACAAAUGGUUUUAGCAUUAGUGACUGUCAAACGCAAGAGAAUUCAUGUCUAGCUGGGUAGUGUGGCGGUCUUGAAUGAGGGUUAUUUAAUGGCUCUCAUGAUUACUUAUGUACGACAGAACAUUGAUGGCGUUAUGAGAUGAUAUCACUGGAGCUAAAUGGAUUAUGUGUUCUUUUCCUCAUGUGCAGAGAAAAUCAAACAAUCGAAUGACGUUUUUAAUUUGAUUGGACAUCUUUUCAAAACAUUUCAUUCAUGUCUGAAGUAGUUGUGAAGUCUAUCGGC